GGAAACCAUCGAGUCAAAAAAUCAUUGAAAUUUCUUGUUAAAUUAUUGAAAAAAUCAUGGAAAAAUUUACACCUGAACAGUAUUUUGCGAAUCCCGAAGAAUUCCUUCGUGAAAUCAGCUCUCUUGGACAUCAAAUCCCCUUGAUGAGCCACAUCGAUGUCGAUACCUCCAAGCUAGCUGAUUGCUUCCUAGUCCGUUUCCGUGGCAUGAUUCAAGACAUGAUGGAUCCCGAAUUGUACCUGGAAAAGUAUCAAAUCACAAAUGGCGCGGAAACUCGCAUCCAAAAUGGAAAAUAUCGUGAUACUUUGGUGUUGAAGGCCGGCGAGAAGGUGAAUUACGAUGCCGAGGACAAUGUUCACGGCGAAAGAAGAUCCGUUUUUGUCGUUUCCGUGCCCGGAGUCAAUUCAUGGGUGCACGAAGUGGAGAAAAGUGUCUAUGGAAUCACGAAAAAUGGUGAAAUUUUGCAAGAAACUUCCGUGGAAACAAUUUCUAAUGGAGUAAAAAGACCUUUAAACGAGGAUGAAGAAGUUAUGGAGACCGAUGAAGAGCCUCCAGUGAAGAAAAUUGAGUCAGAAAGUAAUGUUACCGAACAAAAAGCACCAAACAGCUUGUUAUCUGCCGAAUAUUUGCUUAAUUCGCCACUUCCGGAUCGUCCAAGCAAGGCAUGUAUCGUCAAAUUCUACGAAGACUUCGACUCUUUAACGUUAAAUUCCGUCGUUGAUGUCAUCGGAUUUCUCGCUGUUGAUCCAGCGCUCGAUGGCACCUUCGACGAAGGUGAUGGCUUUAUCGACGAGACUGAACGUCAAGCAACGAACCCUCCGCCGUCACUAAUUCCGCGAUUGCAUGCCGUAAAAGUGACAAAACUCACGCAUAUUAACCCGUAUUUCGACCUCGGAAGUCAAGAAGAGUCAAAACCGGAAGAAGUUUACAAGGAUUUACGCCUUGCGCUGUCCCAAUGUCUCUUCGAGGACGUCAUUGCUGCCGAUUAUCUCAUUGCUCAUUUAAUUUCCACGGUCCACACGCGCAAUAAUAUCCAUGCUUUGGGCAAAUUGAGUCUCAAUAUCAGCAAUAUUCCGUCUCAAGUGCUGCCGGAAUUCACAACUGCCUUGUACGAAAUUAUAGAAAUGCUCGUGCCAGCAAGUCAUUACUUCCCCAUGACGCUGGAAAAUAUGAACACGUGCCAAUUUGUGCCGAAAAAGGAUUACAAAACGAAUAAACUCACCUCGGGCAUUCUCCAGUUGGCACCGCACACACAUCUCGUACUCGACGAGACACGAUUGCAAGUCGGGAAACUGGAAGCAGCUGGCGUGGAUGCCUUAAAAAGCAUCGCAGACCUCAUAAAUGCCCAACGGUUAAAGUACAAUUUCCAAUUUUACGAGAUUGAAUUCGACACAGAUGUUCCCGUUUUGAUUUUGAGUGAGGGAAAAAGUAUGUUGCCCAACGAUUGUCACAUCCCGUUGAAGCCCCAAGCUGAUUUAGCGAUAAUUAAAGAGACAUUUGUCGCCGUGAAACAUUUUCUUGCACCGCGAUUGCCGGCAAUGAGGAAAUUUUUGACGAAACAGAGGAAGGCGGAGUUCGAUGUGAAGCCGGAAGACACGGAAAUGAUCCAAAAUGCGUUUGUGGAGAUGCGGCGCGAUAAUGAGAAGGUCACGGCAGAUGAUUUGCACUCGUUGUUGGUGUUGUCACGAUUGAUGGCGUUGUCGAGAGGACAUGGUGUGAUGAGUAAGGAGAUUUGGGAUGCCACGAUGGCAUUGGAAGCGGAGAGGAAGGAACGUGUAGCGCAACUUCCAUCACGACGAAGAAUUUGAAUUUUUUCUUCAUUGAAUUUCAUUAAAAUUGUUUUUUUUUAUAAA